AGUGAACCGGAUAUUAUUGGAGUCUCAAAGAUGGCGCUCCCUCUGUCACGGUGAAACCUUAUAAAAAUAGUGUGUAGGAAAAGGAGAGUUGGUUUGAACUUAUCUAAGGGACACAAAGUGUGCCUAGAUGUUCACGGAUAAACGGAAUUUGACUGUCUAAGCGGAACAGAGGUCAAACAGAGAUGGCUUUGAGGGAAAUUAAUAGGAGUGUUCGGCUGUUGAUGGGUCAAAUUCAGCGGUGUGGUUCUGGUGUUGCUUCAAAGCACUCAGCUCGGUGUUUGAGUCAGGCUGCAGCUCGGCCCGAGCCCACCCCGAAUGAAAACGAAGCCGUCAACCCGACCUUCGUGAACAGGAAUCCGCGGAACCUGGAGCAGAUGGCCCUGGCUGUGAAGGACCGGGGCUGGAAGACCACCUGGCCUCACCAGCAGUUCUACCACAGGUUGAUGUUUUCUCGCAGUCAACAUCACGUCACAGCAGAAGUGUUCUCCUGCACUUCACCCGUCCCAGUGCUGACCUGUUCGACCAAAGAGUGGGCCGUGAAGAAGGAGCUGGCCUCCACAAACUGCGUGGCGGCGUGUCAGGCUGUGGGCGAGGUGCUGGCGCAUCGAUGCCAGCAGGCGGGCAUCAUGAGGAUGGUGUACCGGGCCAUUCCCUGGACGUACCGAUCCGAGGGAGUUCAAGCCUUCAGAGCUGCAAUGAAGCAGGGAGGAGUCAUCCUCAGUGAACCCAGAAGGAAAUAUGUAGGGACCUAAAUUUGAGCAUCAUUUGUCACAUAUACAAAUGAUGUGUAUCCUCAUUUGUAUUUGUGAUGAUAUAUCACUGUAUCUAAAGCAAGUCCUGUUAUUACUGUACAAAUAGUUACAUUAGAGAGACUACAGUAAAUGGACAAUAUUAUGAGAAUUUGAAUAAUAAUGUCUUUUACCUGAGAUCUUGUGGUUUAAUAAAGAGACUAAAUGUUU